CAGAAUGCACCCCGUGUGUGAGGGCGGAAGUGCCGGGCGAGGAUGGGGCCAAGAUGGCGCCUGGCGCUGUGGGCGGUUUUGGGUUUGGUGGUCGCCCCUUCGCGGUCGGCCGAGGGAAUCGCCAAGAACGAUGCCAAAGCGCCAGCGAGUCUGACCGGCACAACUCCGUGUUGGCGGAGGGAGGAUUUCGUGGUGACGACGGAGUGCGCUCCUUGCACGAGUUUCCAGAUUAAAACCAUGUCGGAAUGCGGCGUCACCGGGUUUGUUGAGCAGAUCAACUGCGGGCUGUCCAAGAAAGGCGAAUUCAAGAGUUGCCGCUCUUUGGAAAUGGAGACCCGGAUCUUCUGGAAGUUUGAGGGUGCCAUGCUGGGGGCCGCCGCCGUCUUCGCCCUUCUGGUGGUGUGCCGCCAGCGGGUGCUCGACGGGAAAGCCCUGGAGAAGGUGCGGAAGCAGAUCGAAUCGAUUUAGCGUCGGUUUGCGGGCGAAACAGAGCGGGACGGAUCCAGAGUUGGCCGCAGGGAGGAGCGGUCAGCUGCAGAGGAAGGGGGGGGCUUCACACACACACGCACACACGCACGCACACUCCCACGGACUGGUGUCGCUUCCCUCUUCAGGGUGG